AUGAUUUUGGAGUUAUCUGGCCCACUGGAACGUAAGUUUCUGUCAGAUGCAGCAUUUGAUGGUAACGAUCGCAUGGAAAGACUCAAUAAAAUAGCGUUUAUAAAGUGGACUUGCUUCUACGGUUCAACGUUAUGCAGAAACUAUUCACUUGUUAAACUCAAAAAUUGGCUCGCAGAUCCCGUUAAAAAUCCACUAUUGGAGGACGUCCGAAAAGAAAUACUUUGUGCAGGAAUUCGCAGUGCUGAUAAGGAAACUUGGGAAAAAUUACUGGAGAAAUAUUCAAUUGACAAGGACGACACCAUUCUUUUUGCACUCAUGUGCUCAUCGAAGUAUGAGUUAUUGGAGCAAUUGAUAAUGCUUUAUAUUGAUAAUCAAUUACCUACAAAAAAUCCGUGGUUUUUUUUCAUGACUAUUGCACAGCAAAGCACCACCGGCUUGGACGCCAUCAUACAAUUUAUUUCUCAGAAACAGAAGACAAUCUUUGAAAAGUAA